UUCAAACCUGGGACAGAAGCUGGGGCUUUUAGAACUCUCAGCCAUUUGACACAAACUCUAGAUAUUAAGAGUCUACGAGAGUGGAUGCCUCAAUGAGAAGGUCUCCAGGAGACAUUAUGGAGUUAACACAAGCUGACAGGCAGCAUUUAGACAAGAGCAAACAAGACACGGGUUCUUUAGGAAACACAGAUGACGGCCUGAAAUAUGAUAGUGGGCGCGUAGCCCAUGACUUCAGCUGCAUCCACAGCAAAGAUCUGUUCCCUGCUGAGGAUGGAGAGGAAGCAACCAAGCACUUCCUGCGGGAGCUGGUAAACAUCUUGCUGGACUACAUCAAUAAAUCCCUCAAACGCAGCUCAAAAGUUCUAGAUUUCCACUAUCCUCACCAGCUUAAGGAAGGUCUGGAGGGAUUCAGCCUAGAGCUCCCUGACCAGCCAGAUAACCUAGAGCAGCUGCUGGUGGACUGCAGAGACACGCUUAAAUAUGGGGUUAAAACAGGUCAUCCGAGAUUUUUCAACCAGUUGUCAACUGGACUUGACAUCAUUGGUCUUGCAGGCGAAUGGUUGACUUCCACAGCAAAUACAAACAUGUUCACUUAUGAAAUAUCCCCAGUCUUUAUACUCAUGGAGGAAGUAGUUCUGAGAAAAAUGCAUUCAAUUAUUGGAUGGCCAGAGGAAGAUGGAGAUGGAAUAUUUUGUCCUGGAGGCACCAUGUCCAAUCUGUACAGUGUGUUGUUGGCUAGGUUCCAUCUCUUUCCGGUGGUGAAGACCCACGGGAUGUCUGCCAUACCUCGCCUGGCACUGUUCACCUCCGCGCACAGUCAUUAUUCAAUCAAGAAGUCUGCUGCAGUUCUCGGCAUCGGCUCUGAAAAUGUUAUAGUCGUCAGAUGUGAUGAAAGGGGUAAGAUGAUCUCAUCAGAACUGAACUCCAGCAUCGAGACUGCAAAGUCUAAGGGUCUGGUGCCAUUCUAUGUCAACGCAACGGCAGGAACCACAGUCUAUGGAGCCUUUGACCCUCUGAAUGAAAUUGCAGACAUCUGUGAACACCAUGGCCUAUGGAUGCAUGUGGAUGCUGCUUGGGGUGGAGGCUUGCUUCUGUCCAACAAACAUUGUGUGAAACUGCAAGGAAUUGAAAGAGCCCAUUCUGUGACCUGGAACCCACACAAGAUGAUGGGCGUCCCACUGCAAUGCUCAACCAUUCUAGUGAAGAGAAAGGGCCUCCUGCAGGAAUGUAAUCAGCUGUGUGCCGAGUAUCUCUUUCAACCUGACAAGCACUAUGAUGUGUCCUACGACACUGGGGACAAAAGCAUUCAGUGUGGACGGCACGUAGACGUCUUCAAAGUGUGGCUCAUGUGGAAGGCAAAGGGUUCUGAGGGUUUUGAAGCACAGAUCAACCACUGCCUGGAAAAUGCAGAGUAUCUUUACUACAAGCUGAAGAGAAGAACAGACUUUCAGUUUGUCUUCAAAGGAAAGCCCGAGCACAGUAAUGUCUGCUUUUGGUAUCUCCCAAAACGACUGCAAAGCAUUCUUCCAAGCCCAGAGCGAGACAGAGAACUUCAUAUGGUGGCUCCAAAAAUCAAGACGAAGAUGAUGGAGGAAGGAUUCACAAUGAUUGGCUAUCAACCUCUCGAAGACAAAGUGAAUUUCUUCCGUUGUGUUUUCUCCAACCCAGCCACUCAGAGGGAGGACGUGGACUUUCUAAUAGAUGAAAUCGUUCGUCUGGGCUGUGAACUGUGAAAAUCUUUCUUAUAAUAAUCACAGGAUAAAUAUUUAUUUAUUUAUCGCCUUCUUUCUUCAUACAUCUGAAUCCAGUUACCAGUACAUAUACAUGGCAUUGUGAGCAAAAUAAUUUACA